CGACCAAGAUGGAAACAUGGUGGAGGUACUUCGUAGCUUUCCACGUGACCAAACAAUCUGUUUUUCAUUGCUCUUUAAGAUAUUUGAAAUGUCCUGAAGGAGGGUAAAAUAAUGGGCAAGAUAUGCCUCUCCAUGAAAUCAAAGUAUGGUUUAUUUUAACCAGCGCCGAAAGAAUGUUUGGCUGAAAUAUGCAGGGUUGAUCAGCCAUAUUUUGGUAAUGUUUAUUUUCGGCGGAGUUGUUGAUAACAAAUUUGGAGUACAAGCUGAACAUGGAGAUCUUGGCACAGUAUCGUUUCACUUGCGUAGGAAAACAAAAAUGCAUGGACACACUCAUAAACAUUCAAGAUACCACAACAGAAGUCAUUUCCAAAGCAGUUUUGGUCGGAGUAAAGAUGGCUACUCGUUGAGAAGUACAUCGUAUGCAUAUGUAAUAGAAAUGAAUAUUGGUACUCCUCCUCAAAAGCUUGAAUUUCUGAUAGACACUGGGUCAGCAAAUAUGGCAAUAGCAGGUCCACAGUGCAAAGAUCAACAUGGAAGCAAAUGCAAGAUUGAUAAUUAUUAUUAUCCCUCAAAGUCAUCCACAGCUGCUCCUUUAAAUAAACCAGUAGAGACAGAGUAUGGGAAAGGUGCAUGGUCAGGAGUCGUUUUUAGAGAUGUGAUAUCAUUUCCAGGAGGUCCAACAACAAUUGCAGAAUUCGCUGUUAUAAAUCAAGAAAAAGAGUUUUUUCUUAAAAAUUCAGUAAAUGAAGGAAUAUUGGGACUGGCAUACAGAACAUUGUCUGCUGAUAACGUAAAGCCACUUUAUGACCAGCUUGUUGCAGACAAAAAAGUUCCAAAUGUUUUUUCAAUGGCGCUGUGCAAUGGGAAUGGUAGAUUAUGGCUUGAUGAACCAGAACCUGAGUCCUACUUAAAACCAGUUCACUGGACCAGAGUGAUUCACCAAGCCUGGUACACUGUACGGAUGACAGGAAUUGAUGUUGCUGGUCAUAGCCUUGGGUUAUCUCCCUACAGUUAUCCCCCGGCUAUUGUUGAUAGUGGGACGACUGACAUUCUGCUUGAGCCAGAAAUCUAUAUAGCAGUGAUUGCAAUGCUCAAAAAGCAUGGUCCUCCAGUCGAUAUUCGUUUUUGGAAUAAUUAUUGUGUUGAAACAGAUCCAUUUAAAUGGCCAUAUUUAACAAUAUAUUUGAAAGAUACCAAUGGUGGCUCAUUCGCUCUUACGAUUUUGGGAAAACAUUAUGUACGAAAGCAAGAUCAGUUUUACUGCUUAAGUAUUGGUGCCAAGCAGUUUGGUGCUGUUCUAGGAGAAGUUGUCAUGGAAGGCAAUGUCGUUAUAUUUGAUCGUGGCAAUCACAGAGUCGGUUUCGCAUCCAGUAAUCUCACUGAUCCAGAAACUGGAAGACCGUGCGGUAAUCCCAUAACGCUGAAUACUACAGUUGCAGGGCGACUGUAUGACUUCUGCCACGCCCCAUUUUUACCAAGGGUUUCAUGCCACAGAGAUUGCAAUUCAUGCACAAAGCACGGUGGGGCCUGGUGCUCUCAUGGCAAAAUCAGUAUUUGGAUUAAUGGUGUAAGACAAAACCUCGAUGGUUCAAAAGGAUAUUGUUGGAUUGGAAGCGUGUUUGCAUUCGAAGUGCCCAAAUUCCAAACAUAUUUGGAUGGCCACGGUAGCGUCGAAUUUGAGCUACAAUGCCAUGCAAUAAUGCCUAUGUAUCGUCAGUGUAUAAUUGGUGGAGAGUGGCUAUUUGCAAUUAUCAUAUUGCUGCUGUUUGGAUCCGCAAUAUUCUGCAUGUGCUUAUGCUGCAGACGUGUUUAUGAAGCUGACACAAGGGAACCGUAUCCUUUGUUCUAUGAUGGUCAACGAGAACUGUAUCCAGUAUAUGAUCAAAGACGGUUUCCUGCUGAACAGGAAAGACGAGUGCAUCCAUUUAGAUGAUCAAAGUAAGACAUUUGUUAUUCUAAAAGUGUAUGUAUUUUAUAUCAUCCUAUUACAGAUAAAAAAAAUUAAAAGACAUUGAGUCAAGGCUUUGCUGUAAUGAUACUUGUGGGCCCAAGACAGGUCAUACAAGAUUAUCUUAUUCUGGUUCUGAAAACUGGUUUUGUCAAUAAAAAUUUUCUAAAUUUUGCUUUCCAAGAUCACAUGAAGUUAAAGUGUUUGAAUCAAACAAAGUGAUCACAUGAAACCAAAGUAAUCACACUAAAGAAGAUGACCCAGACCCCCCUCCCCCCCAACAAUGGAAGCCUCUACUCACAAUAACUCAAUGCCUGCAAUAUACUAACCAAAAAGGUGUUUAAUUGUAAAUCUAAGACAAGUUCAUAUUUCAAAGAAAUUGGAUGAAGGAUAAAAUAGUAUCUAAAAUGUAAAACGUCAUUACACGAUGUAUAUUAUUUUAAAUACCAUAUAUUGAAUUAGUUGCUUUAUCUAACACUUGUAUCACAAAGAUAUUUAACUGCUAAAGGAGAUCUAGCUCUAGUAAAUAACCAAACAUUAACAUGUUGGAAAUACUAUGAGAUCAGAGAUCUGGGAACACUUUUUAAAAAUUGCCAAUGCUUCAAACAUUAAGGCAGCUUAAAGGAAGAACUGUCUAUAUGCUAAGCACAGGGUAGGACAAUGCUUGGUAGGGUUGAGGUUAACCUACUUAAAAUUAAAAUGGUUGUUCGAACUGUGUAUUAAUAGAUCAUGAAAACAAAUUAAUGUUGGGUAUAAUUAUAAACAAAUUUAUUUCUGAUAAGACACAAAAAGCAGCUUUAGUUUUUUCUAGUUUGUUUUUGUCUGUAUGUAUGAAGUAUGAAGUGGUUGGCAUAACCUGGCCAUUUUAGAGCAACACUCCUCAAAUCAAUAAAAGUUGACUCUAACAGAGCAAAUGCUGGGAAUACUCUAACAUAAAGUUAAUUGUGUUGAAAAAGUACUCAUGACAUUUGACUACAGUAAGGCAAAUAAUCACAAAAUAACCAAUAUAUCACUACUUGGUCAUAAAUAUUCAAACAUGUGUGCAAUUGUAUGUACAAUUCAUUUAAGAUAAUUUGAAGUAGACAUCAUUAGUGUUAAGAGUAGCUAAAGACAUGUCACUUUCUAGGUUAUGUUAAUAAUAAUCAGUAAAAAAAUUUACCACGAUUGACAUAAGUGCAAAUAGUUACAAUUGACACAAUUUGACACAUUCCUAGCCAUUUAUGAACAUCUAAUCCAGUUGUUGUUAGCUUGUCUCAACUGUAAAGAAACAGACAGGAAAGGCUUUAAAUAACUGCAAUAUUUGAAAGUUUUGGUGCUUUAGUUUAUAAAAUGGCCCCUACGAAGCCUGCUAUGUGGGCAGCCAGUAGUCCUACGUUAGGGUACUUAGAUUAGCCUUUGAAAAGACAAGAGGUGCAUUAACCAAACACUUCCAUGGUAUUUACUAAUAUGACACUUUAAUAAAACAUCAUAUAUAAGUAUUUACCUGUUUCUCUGUAACUUGAUAAUUUCCUGCGGCGCUUAUGAAUGGGCUUCCCUGAGAAACUAGAGCCAUGGAGCAAUUCACAACGCUUUUCAAAAGCUUGAACCAUCUUCUUCACAACCUCAUCAAAGAACAUUGUAGAAAGAUGAGAGUGGAGAGCUGACUUGAAUUCGAAAGCAAUCUGGAUGAAAUAUAAAAAUGACAACCAGGUUGAAAAAACAUGAAAAUACAUGGUGAUAAUGUAAAAUCUAUUUUCUGGUUCAGUUUGUAUUUGUCCCUAUACUUUAAUUUACAUAAUUUAAGGAUAACUUUGAUAUAAAUAUUUCUUACAGCCAUGAAUACAAGAUUGGUAACAUUCAUUCGAUAAAACAUAGAGCAGUAUGUAUUAACUUAGAUCACAGUUUUAAACAGAUGCUCACAUGAAAAUUCAAUGUGCAUGAGUUUGGAUUGUUUGGAAUUCCUUUGCUGAACCUCCAAACUGCCUUCAUGUAGUUAAACAUGUCUCCAUCAACACACUCAGACUGAAAUAAAAUUGAAAAUAAAUCAUGCUUUCAAUCACAACUGUCUUUUUUAGCAUUAAUCAUCACAAUCUCUUUUGAAAAACAGAUACAAAAUGGGUAUUCAUUGUACUGUUAUGAUGUGCUUGAACCUAGCCAAAAGGAUAUGCUUAGAACUUUUAAUUUCCAGAUUCAAAAAUGUCUUAAAUGCACCUAAAGCAUUGAGGACAGAAGUGUUGAGCCCUGAAAUUCAGUUGUUUGUUGCUACAAAAUGCAUGAGACUCUACACUGUUAGGUCCUUCAAGAAAAAAGACUCAUAAAGUUAAAGUCAUAAAGUUAGGCAGCUAUUUUCAGUUAUUGAUGACCUUUCUGCCUCCUCUUGAAAUAUAGCUUUGUUUGUUAAUUAUCUUAGGGGAUGGGGCAACCAUCCCCCAAGAAUGCCAAAGCAGAGGUAAAGGGGGG